AUGUUUGCUGUUCCAGGAUGGUCCGUCUCAGCGGAAGGUCUCAAGUCUGAGGCCCCCGGCAAAAACAAUAAUAACAGCGCGCCCAGCAAAAAGUCCAAUAAGCGCAAGCGCAACAACAACAACGCUACUGAGAAUGUCACAGCUUCGACUGUCGCUGAUCUUUGGGAGUCUGUGAUUGAGGGAAAGAAGACUGAGCAGCCCAAGUCUGAAAAGGCUGCCAAGAGGCAGAAGAAGCAGAAGAAGGCUAAGGAUGGCGAGGAUGAGAAGCUGAAGGAGGGCGAUGAGACGAAGGAGGUUAAGGAGGCCAAGGAGGGCGGUGAUGAUGAGGAGCCCAAACCUAAGAAGGAGAAGAAGGACAAAAAGCAGAAGCAAAAACAAAAGUCUACCGAGGACUCAACAGAAACCACCACUUCACCAGCAAAGGCCGUCGUCGCAAAGACAGCAUCUCUGCCUCCUGCUCCUCCCAAGCUCACUCCCCUACAAGCUUCUAUGAGAGAGAAGCUCAUCUCAGCACGAUUCCGCCACCUCAAUGAGACACUCUACACCCGCCCCUCCGAGGAGGCUUUCAGUCUCUUCGAUGAGUCCCCCGAGAUGUUCGACGAGUACCAUGAAGGUUUCCGUCGCCAGGUCAAGGUCUGGCCUGAGAACCCCGUCGACAGCUUCCUCAAGGAUAUCCGCACACGCGGCAAGGUUCGCCAACAAGGCAAAGGCAAGCCUGGAGCUCCUCCUACGCCAUUGCCCAAGACACCGCUACCUCGUACACAACAACAGUGUACUAUCGCUGAUCUUGGCUGCGGUGAUGCUCGUCUUGCAGAGGCUCUCCAGUCGGAUGGCAAGAAACUCAAGGUCAAUGUCAAAAGCUACGAUCUCCAGAGCCCAAGUUCUCUAGUCACCAAGGCUGAUAUCGCCAACCUGCCUCUUGCUGAUGGCUCCGUCAACGUCGCUGUCUUUUGUCUUGCUCUCAUGGGCACCAACUGGGUUGAUUUCAUUGAGGAGGCCUACCGUAUUCUCCACUGGAAGGGUGAGCUCUGGGUUGCUGAGAUCAAGAGCCGCUUUGGUCCCAUUCGAAAUAAGAACGCCCCUGUAACCCACAGUGUUGGCAACCGCAAGAAGAACGCAACGGCCGGCAAGAAAGGCAAGAAGGGUGCUGAUAACGAUGCUGAGCAUGAUGAAGAUCUGGCCGUAGAGGUCGACGGUAUGGAUGAUCGUCGCCGUGAGACAGACGUUUCAGCGUUCGUCGAAGUGCUCAGGUCACGCGGUUUUGUUCUUCAGGGCGAUCGAGAGGCCAUCGAUCUGUCCAACAAGAUGUUUGUCAAGAUGCACUUUAUUAAAGGAGCAUCGCCCACAAAGGGAAAGCAUGUCAAGGAGCAGGAGGCCCCUAAGGGUAAGAGGGGCAUUAUUCGCAGGAUAGAUCCCAUCGAUGAGCAGCCUGAAGUUAACGAGGCUUCUGUCCUCAAGCCUUGCGUCUACAAGAUCCGGUAA